GAGUGUUGUGUCGUCUUCGUCUCGAAACAGCGAUUAAUCUCGUAACUUUUCCCUCGAUUCGAGUGCGGCUUUUUCGAAUCUCGGUGUCGGCGCAGAAAAGUUUCGUGAAUUGCUUGAUUUGAAAAUUUUUCGGAUUUGGAGCUCCCAUCGACCAGGGCCACGCAAGACUGGAGCCGUUAUCCUUCGAUCAGGGUCUCUGCUCAGGGUUAUAAAUCAAUGGCAAAAAACCACGGCAGUGCAAUUAAUUUUCGGCAGUGCUGAAAUUUCUGCCAGCGAAAAAUGCGGAGGCGAAGUAUAAAGAGUCAACUUGAAUUCUGCGAGCGUUAACGAUGCAGACGGUCAACGGAAAAUUCCUGCUCGUCCUUGGGAUCUGCUUCCUGUCGACUCUUCCAUGCCAUUCGGCGAAAAAUGAAGAUGCAUCCAGGACAAAAAAGGCAGCAACAAACCCUGCGGAGGCUACCUCAGUUUUGAGUCUGGAGACGCUGGUUGUGAAUUCCACCCUGGAGGAGCACACGAGUGUGCCAUCGGUCACGGUGGCUGAAAGCCUUUCCAGUCUAGUUCCCCUACACAGUGCAGCAGUUAAAAUUAAAAAGAAAAACAGUGAAGAAAUCGAAAACAAACAGCCCAAGGCACCAAAAGAGGUGCCUGAAGUCGGCUCCCUCCUCGAUUCCAGUUUUGUCGAAGACUCGACUCCACUUGCGACUGAAGAGCUAUUAUCUACCGAAUUGAGAAAUGAUCCCCUGAACGUUUCAAUCGCUGAACAGCCCGUCGAGACGGCGUCCCUUGAAAAGAAAUCUGACAAGAAGUCCAAACUUAUCAAAACAGGCCCGUCAGUAGAACAUUUGACCGUUCCGAUCGUUCCACCCCAGCUACCCGACCUUGAGAACAUUUCCGCGUCGCUCAUUGACGACAAAGCGAAUCACUCGGUCGAAUCUCUAGUCCAACAUGCCAGAACGGACUCCAGUGUUGGCGCCACCCUCAAACUGCCCCCAGACAAAGGGGUUGCGCAGGGUGACAUUGACAGAAGCAAGCAACCCCAGCUUGCAGAAGAACCCAAAGUGGCAGCCAACCAAAGCGAAGAAAUUCCUUCCUUCAAUGAGUGGACGCAAAAGCAGCUUGCCGAAGAGAAGAAAAAAGUGCAAAACGCGAGCGAGCUUCCACGUGCUGCGCCCAAAACACAGGGCAAUAUCAAAAUUCGCUCCAAGAAUUACGCGUCUCCCGACUGCGGCGCCAAAAUCGUGGGCGCCAACCCCGAGGCGCAACAUGCGAGCGCUGUGCUGUCUUCUUCGCAGGACGAGUACGCGCUUAGUCCGUGCAACAGUGCCAAAAUAUGGUUUACAGUUGAACUGUGCGAGGCCAUACAACCAAAGCAGAUCGAGCUGGCCAACUAUGAACUAUUCUCGUCAUCCCCGCAGGAGUUUUCAGUGUCGUUCAGCGACAGAUACCCGACAAGGGAAUGGCACUUAGUCGGCCAGUUUACCGCACGGGACGAAAGGACAGUGCAAAGUUUUAAUUUGGACGCCUUUCCCUCCUUUGGCAAAUUCAUCAAGGUGGAGAUGCAUUCUCAUUACGGCAAGGAGCAUUUUUGCCCAGUGUCGCUAUUUCGUGCCUACGGCACCAGUGAAUUUGAAGUAUUAGAGACUGAAGACGAAGGCCACAGCGCCAGGCACGCGGAAGACGAUGACGACAUUGAGGAUGAUGUCGCAGGCGCAAUUCUACCAGAGAAGGUUCAGCCAAAGAAUCUGUUCGGCAGCGCUACCGAGGCUGUGAUAAGCAUAGUGAAAAAGGCUGCUCAGGCCGCAAAUGUCUUCGGAAAAACUGCAGGAGAUUCAAUCAAUUCCACUUCUUCCACGUCGGAACUGUUGCUGAGCAACAACACAAUUUGCAGUAUGUCCCCAAACAUACCAUUUAUCGAAAUCUGCCCCAACUGCACUCCCAGUGUGCUGAACCUCCUCACCUGCAACUAUGAAGCGUUGCGCGCCAUGCUCUCGACCGACUAUGUUCUGAAAGCACUUCAAAGAGAACAACUCUGUCUUCGGGCUAGCUUCAAUGACAGUUACCUGGGAGUUAUGCUCGGCUCUGAGUAUGUCACAGCUCUCUGCCGAAUCCUCCUUUCUUUUCACCCUGCCCCCUUGCUUGGAGAAAAUCUAGAGACUUCCAAUCAAGGCAACAGCGUGGUUCUCCAACCUUCUGAAAUUGCUGCAAAUCCUUCAACGAGCAGAAAGGCCAGUAGUUCCUCGCCAGAAGUACCAUCAGAGGACACGCUCUCAGAAACCAACGAUAUUCCUAUCCAGCCUACACAAACUCUGAAGUUGAAGGAGUCGGAUAGUGUGCAACACGAGUCUGUUGUUGUUCCAACAGCAAUUGACCAGCCCGUCGCUCUUCCUGUGGACACUGCACCAGCAGAAAGCGAAACUGAAGAUGCGGUUGUCAUUCAAGAUGAGACUGAGGCUAACGCCACUGAAGACUGGUCAUCUGGCGAAAACAGCGAGGUCAUAGACCUUUUGACCGAAGAGGAGACAACCGAGUCGGUUGAAAUGAGCAGUCAUCCACCGCCAGCAACGCCAGUUUCCUCAAGUACCGUUCCUAGUAGCCCAGUCACUGUUCAGGCGCCAGUACAGGGUAGUCAGCAGAAAGAGUCAGUGUUUGUUCGCCUGGCAAAUCGGAUAAAAGCAUUGGAGAGGAACAUGUCGUUGAGUGCGCAGUACUUGGAGGAACUGAGCAAAAGAUACAAGAAGCAGGUGGAUGACAUGCAAAAAGCCUUCGACCGCACGUUGGCUGCCGUCACGGAGAACUCGCGGCAAGCUGCGCAGCGGGAACAAAUAAUGGCGGAGAAAUUGCACUCGCUGGAGCAGAGAUUCAGCGUGCUGGCCGAAACCGCGGCAGCCCUGCUUGCAGAGCGAGAGUCGUGGCAUUACAAAUUUUCGGCCGUCUUUCAUAACGUCAUCCUGGUGAGUGCGGCGAUCUACUUAAUUCUGCACCUCAUCAAGCAGAGAGGCGUGCGCACCGCCAAAGAAGUCACUCCUGACCCUGACAGGAGGCUGUCUGUGUUCAAAAGGCACCUUUCAGCGGACGACAUUCCUAAUGACGAGCCAAUCAGGAAGAGAAGAAACAGUGAACUCGAAGCAGAAGCGUGUCUGGUGCCGCUUCCAAGGAUGAUGGAGAAGAAACCGCUUCCGCUGAGCGUCAAACACGAACUGCUCUCAGACAAAGAAAACAAGCUUGACAGGCUGGACACGAACAAGAAAAAGCGCAAACGUCUGCGACGUGAGCUGCGCGGCAUGAGCGUGCAGGACCUGUGCUCGGGCCUCAGUCCCGGGACCCUGGCCGUGAUCAGGGCGCCAAGCCUGAAGGUGGCGCCGAAAGCUUCUCUGAGUCCAAUCCACAAGCUGACGCCGGCAAAGAGCCGCAGACACAGCACGGACAACUCGAUCGUGGACAGCGACUUCUGGAAAAAGGAGUUCAAGCUGAGUGUGAGCCAAUCAGAGCGGCUGGCCGUGUUCGCGAACGGAGGGGAGCAGGGCAGCGACGGCUCCAACCUGACCGUCGAGCUGCUCAAGGCCGACGAGGUGGACGAAAACACGCCGCCUGUGCCCCCGAAUGUGCAGCAGCAGCAGCAGCCAAAAAAGUCGAGCAGUGGUCUCAAGAAAAUGGUUAAGAAGCUUUUCUGAUUAAAGUAGAAAAGUGGUUGCUUCUGAAGCUUACUACUGCAUUUCUGUCUGUGAUUUAAGGCGCACUAAAGUUGAUUUGCCACAUCAGCGUGUGUGCAUGAGGAAUUUCCCGUGUUGGUUGGCUGAAGUUCCUUUGUGAGGGGCUUGAUGACCGCAGGCCUCCUGUUCUCUCGUCGUGUUUUACUGUUUAGUUGCCUGCACAAUGUUGAGAAUUCAAUUUAGCCCCCGACUAGCUGUUGCGAAUGAGGUUGUUAUUGUUAAGCGAGGAAGCAAUUCUCAGAAUCAAAUCGUUCAGAUUUAGUGCCGAUGUGAUUGAGUUGGCAUUUUAACAAUUUUUAGUCAUUUAUGUUCCCGACUUUAUUUAUUGCUCCUACUUGUAUUAUGUUUAAGUUUGUAAAUGUGCGAGCUGACUGGUGUAAUAUUUAUAAAUCUAACGACCAGAACCAAUCAAAGUAGUAUGGUGAUCAAGCCAAGGAUCUGGCUUAUCCGCUGCAAUCUCUAAGAGGAGAUGGACAUGUAUAUUUAAGAGGAGUAAAUAUAGGAUUAUAUUGUAUUAUAAAAGUAAGGUUUAGAACCUAGUUUAUAUUUUGUGCCGUGUUCUAAAAUAGCAGACAAAAAAUAAAAACACUAAAGUAUUA